AUGGCUGCUAAGAAACUAAGAAGAGCACAGUUGUCUCAGGAAAUGUGUGAAAGGCUCAGUCGCUAUCAGAUCACCACCUGUCAGGACUUCUUAUGUCUUUCCCUCUUGGAGCUAAUGAAAGUGACGGGACAGAGCUACUAUGAGGUGCAGAAGCUUCUUUGUAAAGUCAGCCGAGCUUGUGCUCCCAAAAUGCAGACGGCUUAUGAAAUGAAACUAAGGAAGUCUGUCAAUCCUUCUUCAGCCUUUUUAUCCAGCACACUUCAUGGUUUGGAUAGAGUCCUGCAUGGUGGAGUGCCUUGUGGAUCCCUCACAGAGAUAACUAGCCCACCAGGUUGUGGCAAAACUCAAUUUUGUAUUAUGUUGAGUGUUCUGGCUACGCUGCCUGUAAGCAUGGGAGGACUAGAUGGGGCUGUUAUAUACAUUGACACAGAGUCUGCAUUCAGUGCUGAAAGGUUGAUUGAGAUAGCAGCAAACAGAUUCCCUGCUUAUUAUGACUCCGAUGAAAAGCUGCUCUGCAUGACCCGUAGCAUCCACCUGUACCGAGAGCUGACCUGUUGUGGAGUGCUGAAGAGGAUUAUGUCUUUGGAAGAAGAAAUUAUUUUGAAGAAGGUUAAACUUGUAAUAAUUGACUCUGUUGCUUCAGUUGUCAGAAAGGAGUUUGAUACAAAACUCCAGGGCAAUCUGGCAGAGAGAAGUAACUUUUUGACUAGAGGAGCAUCAGUGUUGAAGUAUUUGGCAGAGGAGUUCUCAAUACCAGUUAUCUUGACGAAUCAGAUUACCACAGCGCUGAGCAGUGGCCCUGGGGUCCGGGCAGACCUGGUGUCUCCAGCUGAUGAUUUGUCCCUGUCUGAAGGAACUACAGGCAGUUCCAUCAUUAUUGCAGCCCUUGGCAACACGUGGAGUCACAGCGUCAACACCAGGCUCAUACUACAAUACCAUGACUUGCCAACAAGACAGCUCCUGGUUGCUAAAUCCCCUGUUGCUCCAUUCUCCACUUUUUUCUACACCAUUGAGAAAUCAGGCUUGAUUCUUCAGGACCAAAAGGAUCAAACUAAUUUAGUUUGGGAAGGAACCAAUCCUGCCCUGCAGCCCAUACGAGUGAGGAACACUGCCUUGAAAGAUACUUUACAUGAUGCUGCUUUACCCAGCACUACUGGUGAGACUUCAAGAAAUACAUCACAUCUAUAGAAAGGACAAAUGAAACCUCCCCAAAGACUUGAACGAAUUAUGACAUUGGUUUUCAAAAAUCUGGUGAAGCAGAGAUUGAACAUUCUUCUUCUUUUGUCUCUUCAAAGACUAACUUUAAAACCAAGUGCUGUUCUUUGCAUAU